AUCCUUUUCAUUUAUUAGAUGAACUUUAGCCUAUCUCUAGGAACAUAUACCGCAUUAUGUCAUCUACCUUAGGACCAUCAAGCCCACCACCAUCCAGCCCAUCUACCUCAAGCUCCCCACCUUUUAGUUACAAUCCACAACUUUCCAGCCCACAUAUCUCUAGUCCGCAACCUACGUCAAGCCCACCUACAACUUCCACCACUUCUUCUCUUAGAGAAUUGCCCCAAACCAUGUCCCCUGCAUCUGUGGUGGUUGUUCCCCCAAAAUCUGAUGUCUUUAUUUCUGAUUCCAUUUUACAGGAAACUGUUCAGCCUGUUGUUUCUUCUCACAAUUCUCGCAGAACUCAUUCUAUGGUGACCAGGUCUCAAGAUGGCACGAGAAAGGUUCGCACUCUCCUAUCUAUGGUUACAGCUGUAUCUGAUAUUCAAGAACCUCAUACAUUCAAACAAGCUCAACAGUCUCAUUGGCGGCAUGCUAUGGAGGAUGAAUACUCUACUCUUCUACGCAAUAAAACCUAGGUUCUUAUUCUUCUACCUCCAAAUGUGAAUUUUAUUGGGUCGAAAUGGGCGUACAAAGUUAAAAGGCAUGCUGAUGGUGCUCUUGAGAGGUACAAAGCUCGACUUGUUGCUCAAGGUUAUUCACAAUAAUCUAGGGUUGAUUAUGUUAAGACAUUUAGUCCAGUAGUAAAACCGAUCACCAUCAAAACCGUAUUAGCUCUUACUAUCUCACAGUCUUGGAAAAUUCAUCAAUUGGAUGUUAAGAAUGCGUUUCUGAAUGGUCAUUUAUCUGAGCCAGUUUAUAUGCAUCAACCUCCUAGAUUUGUUAGCGAGCAACAUCCUGAUGAUGUUUGCUUAUUACAGCGAGCUCUUUAUGGUCUAAAGCAAGCUCCUCAUGCUUGGUUUCACUACUUCACUUCAGUUUUACUCUCUCACGGUUUUGUACAGGCUUCUUCGGAUUGCUCUAUGUUUGUGUUUCAUUCGGAUGGUUCUAUGGCUAUACUUUUUUUAUAUGUGGAUGACAUUCUUCUUACCGCCUCUACACCAUAUAUAUUGGGUUCUAUUAUUUCUUUAUUGAAGGCUGAGUUUUUGAUGAUUGAUUUGGGCUGUCUUAGUUAUUUCUUGGGUAUUGCAACUCAGUUUAAUUCAAAUGGUUUGUUUCUCUCUCAGACUAAAUAUGUCCGUGAUUU